UGUGUAUGGUUGUGCGCGCAGUGAGCCGUGAAUAAAGGUCGAUGACGAUGCAACGAGUUCAAGAUCAGGACAAUGGGAUCAGCAUCAAGUUCGGUCCGGGCAAACCCCGGAAGGGCAACUACAAGCUGGUGUCGCAGAACUCCGUCAACGAAGGCGGCUUCAACGGGACCAAUAAGCUAGAGAAAGAUGCGAAGGAAGAAGAACAAUUAGUCCCACCGGACGGCGGCUGGGGAUGGCUGGUGCUCCUGGCCUCCGUUAUGGUCAAUCUCCUUAUUCCAGGCACCGUCAAGUCUUUCGGAGUGCUGUUCGUCGAAUUCCUCGAAGUAUUCAAUGCGUCACCGGCGGCAGCUGCAUGGAUACCAGCGCUUUGUUAUUUCCUGUACAGCUCACUGGGUCCACUCUCUAGUGUACUUUCUGUCAAGUUUUCUUAUCGCACAGUGACUCUGUUAGGAGGAACAUUCGCCGCGGCGGGGAUGAUGCUGAGCUAUUUCGCUAACUCUGUGGCCUUCUUAUGCGUUAGUUAUGGUGUACUGGUGGGUACGGGAGCAGGACUGGCGUUUCCUCCGACUGUAUAUAUCGUGACAUCUUAUUUUGUACGGCUACGAGGACUCGCCAACGGACUCUGUAUAUCCGGCAGCGCGCUAGGCUCGAUAUUUCUUCCGCCUGUUCUCGGUUUUCUGCUGAGAGAGUACGGUUACAGAGGCGCGGUAUUGAUUAUGGGCGCCGUUACGUUGAAUGUUUGGGCGAGCGCGCUCUUGUACCAUCCAGUGGAAUGGCACAUGGUACCAGCACGGCCAUCAGCUGACUGUAAUGAACCCGAUAACGGGGAGACCAUGUCGGCGACCGUCACCAGUAGUCCCGAGCAAACAGAAAACGGUAAUCACCAGUUACUGUCGUCCAAUCAGUCCAACGAAAAAGCCGCGCCGAUCGUGCCGAAAAGCGCAUCGAGCGUCGCCUUGGAAUACUACAAGAAUACACCGGUACAGGGUCGCACAAGAAAGAUCAGCAUGCCCACUGGGCGCGAGAUCAGCGGCCAAAUGCAUAGCACACCGACGUUGCACACCGUACCGGAACGUGGAAGUGUCCUCGAUGGCAGCGCCAAGUACUCCAAGGCGCGUUCGCCGCUGCAAUCGCCUAGCACGUCGUCCUUCAACUACGUCAGCACACCGUAUCACGGCAGCACGUUAUCAGCACUGCACCCGGAACGCGCGUCCACGCUGACGCUAAAUGCGAUCUCCAACACAUUCUCCCGGAAAACGACUGAACGUCGUAACAAGGAAGACAACGAAGACCACAACCGGAACAAGUUCUUCGACUUCAGUCUACUCAAGGAUCCCAUCUACCUCGUCAUCCUCAUUUCCAAUUCCACCAACGCCGUCAGCUACACCAAUUUCGUUAUACUACUGCCGGCCUACGCCAUCUCUCUGGGUUUCGAUAAAAGUUCUGCGUCUUUGUUAUUGUCCAUUGUGUCUAUGUUAGACCUAGUGGGUCGUAUCGGUGGCUCUGCCCUCUCUGACAUCAAGAUCAUGCCCAAACACUGGUACUUUGUUGGUGGUUUACUAGCCUCCGGCAUUUCCUUGGCUAUUCUGCCCACUUCUAACACGUACACCAUGCUCUCCGUCUACUGCGGCUUCUUCGGAUUAGCGUCUGGGAUCUACGUCGGCAUCACUGCGGUCAUCAUGGCCGACAUGCUGGGCACUGAGAAGCUCACUUCGUCCUACGGCAUUUCGUUAUUCGUCAAUGGCGUUAUUCAGCUGGUGGGGCCGCCAAUUUGCGGCCUAGUAUUCGAGCAGAUCGGCAGCUACGGCCCGAUUUUCAGUAUACUCGGCAUUAUCCUAGUGGUGGGCGCGUCUCUGUGGGGCACCGUGCCGUUUAUCCGAAAGAGGCAAGCGGCGUUGGAGAAGUCCGCCAAGAUAGACAAAGUAUAG